GUCAAAUCUUUUGUGUCAUCGCACCGAAGGCGACGAGUUUCGUAAAAUCAACUUUUUGUUGAGCAGUGAAAAAAUUUUUUCUCGACUGAAUCGCCUAGUCAAAUUUUUUUUUAUUGUAGUCGAUUGAAAGGAGUUCGUUUGUUUUCCCUACAUAUUUAUUUUCAUCGUUCCUUGAUACGCUAGUCAUUCUUUGAUCUCGAGUUACCGCCGCGCAGUGUGAUAAAUCCUAUUUUUCAGUGUUGUUCAAAUGCACAACUUGUGUAUGCUCGUAUAAACUUGUAUUACCUGUUUCCGUUAAGCCAAAAACACGAACCUCGAAAGAACACAACUAACUUCUUAUCGCAAUUUCGAAUUUACAAUGGUUCUAUUGUUUUGAGUAACAGCGUAUUUCGUUCUGUCUGAUAAAAAAAUAUGGCAUGCCGUUUUUUGAGGGAGCGCCAGUGUUUGCACCUGUUAAUAGACAGGCUUUAGAUUGAAACAAUACAAACUUUUCAGUAACCAAAGGCAUCGUAGUGUUGAGUAUGUUUUGCAAUCAUCAUCGAUCGAUUGAACGCGGCGGUAGCAAUUUUACGCUGUGUUGAGCUUUCCAUUAUUGAUUUGAGCGACAAUGUUCGCUUCGUUGAAAAAUAAAAUUAAAGAGGAAACCGGAAGCGAUGUUACAUCACUACCAUCAAGAAACUCCCAGUCCGGUGCAGCCGGUUCAACCCAGCGUUAUCAACGGAAUAGGUUAGGAUCCUUUACCAGCAUGGCAUCGAUGGAGGAGUUGAGCUUGUUCGAACAGAAGGAAGCCGAACUGAGCGCAACGAGGGCUCAACUGCAAGAUUUGGCUUGUCAGUUCAAUGAUCUUCGGGAACAGACACGAACGCUGGAAGAAGAAAAGACGCGCCUGGAAGAUGCCAACAGGCUGCUAGAGGAAUCGUUGAAGGUGGCCCAGGUGCAAAAAGAUUUGCUCUGCGAGGAACAGGAUAAGAUACAGAACCUCCAACAGCAGGACAUUUCCAAGCUGAAAAGUAUGCUUCUGUUCAGGGAACAGGAAGCAGUAGAUCGAAUAUCGCACCAGAAAGCGGCUGAGCAGCAGGUCGAACAUCUAAAGCACAAGCUUAGUCGACUCCGGGAAAUCGAACCAAUGGUGGAGGAUUUGCAGGAUGAACUCGAAAAUCUGCGGCAUUCGUCAUCGAUUGAAAAGAGCAACCUACUGUCACAACUGGCCACAGUUAAGGAGGAAAAUCGUCAUCUUAAAAGUCGCAUCCAGGUAUUAGAAGAAAGUCGCGCUUCGUUGACUACCGGAGAUAAGGACGAAACGGUAAAAUCGUUACUACAGGAACGUAGGAUGCUUGAGCAACGUCUGGAGGAGGCCCACCUGCAUCUAUCAGAUAUCAAAAGUAGCUGGAGCAACCAGAAUUUGACCCUCGAAACACAGGUGAACCGGCUGUCCCGUCAGGUGGCAGAGGAAACCACUGAAAAGCACAAAGCUCUCAAACUAAAAGACGAUCUCAUAGAAAAGGCAAAGCAUCUGGAGUUUGAGCUAGAGAAAACUCGCGAUGAAGUUAUCCAGCGGGACAAUAAGAUCAAACUGAUGAAUGAGGAGAUUGAAGAACUGAACUCGGCCCUUCGGGAUGCUCGCGAACAGCACGAGGAGGAAGUGACAUUCAUGAACAGUAAACUCGAACAGUUACAAGUGGAUCUGAACGGUAUUAAGACCAAUCUCACUGAAACUGAAAAGCGGCUUCUGGAUUCUCUGGAAGGGUCCGACAGAUCUAUCAGUAGUCACAAGCAAAAAGUUGUUCAACUGGAGGAAACAGUUCGUGAGCUGAACAAUCAGUUAUCUUUAGAAAAGCAAGAAAAGUUAUCGAUUCUCAUGAAGAAUGCAGAAAUCUCUCAAACUGAGGAAAUGCUGAAACAGGAACUUCACCAGGAACGAGUCAUGGUGCAGGAGGUUCACGAUCGCAUGACUAUAUUGCAAAGGGAAUUAGACAAAAAAUUAAACACCGUAAACGAACUGCGUGAGCAGAUUGAUGAACUGAUGAGCACAAAUCUCGAGCAGAAUGCUAAAUUGGCUUCCUUAGAUAGCUUACAUGCAGAAGUAGUAGAUAAAAAUAAAAUUAUCAAAAUUCUCAACCAAAGGUUGGUUGACAUGAAGAAAACGCUCCAGGAGGAGAUCAACAGCAAUAAUAAUAAUAAUGGUAGCAGUGGUGCCAUCUCUCACAUUAGCGGGCAUUAUGAAAACCAUUCCGAAAGGACGAUGGAUCAAAACAGCCCAAAAGAAAAGCAAGAUUUCACGAUUCAUGGUGGAAAACACCCGAACGGUAACAUCAGUCACAGUCGCAGUAACAGUUGCGGCAGUAGUCCCCAUGCCAACGGAACUCAGAAAAUCGCACCAGGCACUACAAAGGGAACGGUCGUGAUGGAUGAAGUAAAUUUCCGAUAUUUGAAACAUGUGAUAAUAAAAUUUCUUACCAGUCGAGAGGUUGAAGCACGGCACCUGAUCAAAGCCGUCUCCACGUUGCUGCAGCUGACGUACGAAGAGGAAAAGCUGCUGCAGGACACGAUCACCUGGAAAAAGAGCUGGUUCGGCAGCCGACCCGGUCAUCAAUCGCAGAUCUCCUUAUCAACGAUACCACCAAGCUAAGACGAAUCAUUCCGCGUUUUUUUUUAAAGUUGUUGUUGUUGUUUUCAGGCUUGCUUGACAAACCACAGACUUUUUGCGAUAGUCAUUAGCAAAUUAGAAAAAUUGAAAAAAAAUGCAUUUGUUGCAGCGACUAUAGCACAUCAAACAAAAAAUAGAAACCAAUCAAAAAAGUACUUGAAAUCUCAUAAUCACGACAAAUUAUAUACAAAAACUGAACUCUCUAUUUUAAUGUUCAUUUUUAGAUUCACCAUAUAUUAAAAAAAUAAGUAAUUAGCUGGUUUCCGUUUAGUGCUUCAGUCAAUACUAUUCGAAACAGCACAUUCCAAAUGUAGAUCGAGUAGGAGAAGGAUUUUACUAGCAAAUGAUAUGUUUUCGCCAUUCCAUGUUGUGUGAUAUUGUUUAGAAACAUUUAAUUUUCAGUUUCAGUUAACGCUUAUUAUUGUGAUGGUUUGACUAUUGAUGAAGAUAUAUUUUGUUCCUGUUGAAGUUGUGAGUUUAAGUUGAAACGAACUUCACUUUCUUGUUCUUGUUUCAUAUAAUAUUAAUACGAAAUAUUCCAAUUUAGCAGGCAGCACUUUGAUGAAAUAAAUUAAUAGU